AUGUCGGGGAGGUUUCGGCUGCUGAUUGUUGCUUCACUGUUCAUCAUCGUCAUCCUGGCACGGUGGAUAGGAAACCAGGAACUCACGAAACAUCAGAUGGUCAGGUUAUCAACCAGCCCUGUCAAUGUCUCCCUGGAUCAGACACAUGACGUUGUGUUGUGGAAGAAGAGUUUCAAAAAGAAGGCGACAAUCCCAGUAUACCGGGUUCCCGUUUUCACCUACACUCCCCAAGGGAAUCUGGUAGUCAUAGCAGAAGGGAGAAGGAAAGGCAAAAAAGACGAAAACCCAAAGGUCUUUGAAGUCAGAAGAUCAACGGAUGGAGGUAAAACUUGGUCAGCACCAAGAAGGAUAGUGGACGACGGAAAGUCGCGUUUCAAGGUUAGCUCCUACAUAGGAACUAUUUUCGUAGACGACACAACUGCUACCAUCUUCCUGAUGUACGUGUUUUGUGAGUUCUGCCCUACGAGAUCACUGAUGUUGAUAAACAGUACGGAUGACGGCAUCACGUGGAGCCGACCGAGAAACAUCACCGACCACGUAGGGAAAGACUACGCCACACAUCCAAGUCCUGGGUACGGUAUUCAGAAAAAGCAGGAGCCAGCUAAGGGACGACUGAUUGUGUGCGGACACGGUUUCUACAAUGGCAAAGGCUUGGUGCUGCUGCUGAGUGAUGACCACGGCGUGACGUGGAGACGGGGAGCCUUCGUACCGAGUGUGCCGUUCAUGCCAGAGAAAGAAAAAGGACACUUUGAUCCAGAUGAAUGCCAGCCGGUGGAGUUUCCCGAUGGGUCCAUAUAUAUUCUUAUCCGGAACGAAAAGGUGUAUCAGGAGAACCACUGCAAGAUGAUCAUGCGUAGCUUUGAUGGGGGAGAAACGCUGCCACAAAACUACACGUACCUGGACCAGGCACUCAUCGAACCGAGAAUCACAUCGGGGCUGUGGUACCACGAUGGGAUCUUGUUCUACUCAGGACCUAAGCAUGACACAAUACGUCGGAACUUACACAUCAAAUGGAGUUACGACCACGGGAAGACUUGGACCUCAGAGAAACGGAUCUGGAGUAAAUUUGCAGGAUACUCCGCACUCAUGAUGCUCCCGCAUGAUAGAAACCAUCUCUACAUACUGUAUGAAAGGGGUUUUAAAAGCUCUAUUGAUAAAAUCGCGGUUACUAAACUGAAAAUAUUCUCGGAAGGCGCUCAUAAUUAAUAGAGAAAUGGGCAAUUGAUGUUUACUGUACUCCUUGGUAGUCUCCAAGCAGAUCUUUUG